AUGACAGUCUCCUGGCAACAGAGGACGCUGAUGAUUACACCUGUGGCUUCCAUCUGCAUAAUCCCACAUCUAGAAGAGAGAUUCGGCGUUAUUGAAAUAUUUUCUAUUUAUUGGUUAAUUGUUUGCUUUUAUAAAUCAUUAAUGGAGGAGGAACGAGAACCUUAUUGUGUAAGACUUCUCAAGGCACCCUGUGAGAGUUCAGAUGAAGUGAGCAGGUGGCUGUGCAGACGUAUGAAUCUGCCCUGUGGGAAGGGUCCAGAGGGAAGGUAUGACUUUGAGAGCAUGGUUGAGACAGAUAGACGUGCGUUCUCCAAAUUCAAUCGUGGAGCCCAGCUGCCUGAUGAAAGAGCUCCUCUGGCACCGCUGCGUGGCGAUGUGUCUCUAAUAGAUCCGUGCUCCGGUCAACUGAGUGCAGGGGCACAGGUGCAUCUGGAGGCAAAAAGCAGAACCCCAUUCAUUGACACGGUUUACACUGCAUCCGAUCUGUUGGUUCCGGCAGGAGUGCGAGACAGGCCUCAGACUCCUCCAACCAGACCCUCGGCUCUGAUAUAUGACAUGUCUGAGCACAAGAGGUGGAACUCCAGGAUGAAAUCAGAGGCAGCAUUGAAGGCAAACCUCGGCGGUAACUGCAAUCUUUUUUGUUAUACAAGUUUGGGCUGACUGCAGCAGUGUGUAACAAAAAGCAAUUUAACAGUAUUAGACUCUUACAUAU